ACCACCGAGGCGGCCGCCGCAGCUAGAGCGCCGCCGCUUACAUCCGGUUGCCAUGGAGCCCGCCCCAGCGUCCCCCCUCCCGUCCGUCGGGGCCCGCGGCCCCCGCCCCGCCGCCCUCACCCCGUGCUGCCGGGGAGCUCCCAGCGCCGUCGCUCCGGAGCCUCACCGGUUAUGCCACUCUCCAGGUUUGCUGGGUGCCUGACGGUGAAAGAGAAGGGUUGAUAUUUUGCCCAGGCCUUUAGGUCCUGAACCAAAAUGGCAGCUGGAGAGGCCCCUCCCAUAGGAGAUGUCUUCAUCGACCUGCAGCAGGGCAGAGAUCGUGCAGAGAAAGGCUCUCCUGGUGCCGAGGACGAUGAGGACUUGGAUAAGACUUUGUCAAUCGAAAGAUUUGGGGACCUGAUAAGCAAAUCAGCAUCAAGCAAUCUGGAGAAGCAAAGACGCAGCUACAAUGAGAGAGACUUUGAAUUCCACCGUCAAACCUCGCACCACAUCCAUCAUCCGCUUUCCACUCACCUCCCUUCUGCCCUCAAGUUCCAAAAGAGGACUCCCCGUGCCAGCAAGAGGAAAAAAAGGAGAAGGAAAAAGAAGAAAACUUCAGUACCCCCAUCGGAGGUCACCCCCACCAUCCAGGAAGAGGACGAGGAGGGAGGAGAAGAGGAGGAAGAAGAGGAGGAAGAGGAAGAAGGAGAAUCUGAGGCAGAGGAAUCCCAUGAGAAAGAGAUAUCUGUGGAGUCUGAGGGUGAAGCUCGUGGGAAGGACACCUCCCUUAAGCUGGAGCCCCUAAGCAAACCAAAGUUCACCAUCGGUAGUGAUGAGGAGGAGUCUGGCAGUGCACAGGCCCCUGCGCAGUUCCACGUGGAGGAGGAGUGUGGCAUCCUGUCCCCCAUGCCACGCUUCGCUGACCUGCUGCAGGACAAGGGCUCUGCCUCCCUCCGCAGCCCCCCUGGGCCUCGGGAACGUCUGCCUCGGGGCUGGGAGAGGCGCAAGCCCUGGGGCCAGGUGGCAAGCGGACAACGAGUCACCUACGACCUGAAAGAGAGGAUGUGCAUCGGCAGCAUGACCACGCUGGAGAGCGCCGCGUACCAGCGCGUCCCCACGGACGAGGCCGAGGCCCAGAUGCUGGCAUCUGCUGACUUGGAUGGCAUGAAAAGCCACCGUUUUGAAGAUAACCCUGGAGUGAGGAGGCAUCUGAUGAAGAAGCCAUCUCGGAGCCAGAUCACCAGGACGAGCAAGAAAUUAGCAGCAACUCCAUCUGUCAAGAAAAAGAAGAAGAAGAAGAAGCUGGAUAGAAAGCCCCAUGAGGUGUUUGUGGAGCUGAAUGAGCUGGUGAUGGAUAAGAACCAGGAGAUGUACUGGAGGGAGACAGCCCGUUGGAUCAAAUUCGAGGAGGAUGUGGAGGAGGACACAGCAAGGUGGGGGAAGCCUCAUGUGGCUUCACUGUCCUUCCGCAGCCUGCUGGAGCUCAGGAAGACAAUUGCCCAUGGUGCCAUCCUCCUCGACCUGGAGCAGACCACUCUUCCUGGCAUUGCUCACCUCAUGGUGGAGACCAUGAUCAUCUCUGACCAGAUCAGAGCAGAAGACAGAGCAAACGUGCUGCGUGCCCUGCUGCUGAAGCACAGCCACCCCAAUGAUGAAAAAGAAGGCUUCUUCCCGAGGAACCACUCCAGCUCCAGCAUGAACUCCAUUGUGGGGAACCACCACCACAACCACACCACUGACACCUGCGUGCCUCUGAUGGGGGAAGAGCGCAUUGAGAUGGCUGACCCCAAGGCCAAUGAGACUGAGUGCAAGGAGAAAACCCCACAUCUCCAUAACUCCGAGGGCCACCGAAAGUACCUGAAGCUGAUGGAGAAAAUCCCUGAAGAUGCAGAGGCCACAGUGGUCCUUGUGGGUUGUGUGCAGUUCCUGGAGCAGCCAACUAUGGCCUUUGUCCGACUAAAUGAAGCAGUCUUCCUGGAAUCUGUCUUGGAGGUCCCAAUUCCUGUCAGAUUCAUCUUUGUGCUGCUGGGACCGAGCCAGGCUAACAUGGACUACCAUGAAAUUGGCCGUUCCAUCUCCACCCUCAUGUCUGACAAGCACUUCCACGAGGCUGCAUACUUGGCAGAUGAUCGUCAAGACCUCCUCAAUGCAAUCAACGAGUUCUUGGACUGCAGUAUUGUCAUCCCUCCAUCAGAGGUGGAGGGAAAAGACUUGCUAAAAUCCAUUGCCACUUUCCAGAAGUUGCUGCUGAGGAAGAGGAAGGAGAGGGAGCAGAAGUCCAUGAAGGAGGGGGCUGUCCAGGAAGCCAAAGAGCUGUGUGAAGUGAAAGCUGAUGAAGAGGAGGAGGAGGCUGAGGACGACCCUCUGAAGCGGACUGGGAUCUUUUUUGGAGGUCUGGUCCGGGACAUAAAGCGCAGGUACCCCAAAUACCUCAGUGACAUCAGAGACGCCUUGCACAGCCAGUGUCUCGCAGCCGUUCUCUUCAUCUACUUUGCUGCUCUCUCUCCUGCCAUCACCUUCGGGGGACUCCUAGGAGAGAAAACUGAGGGUCUGAUGGGGGUUUCCGAACUGAUCAUCUCCACUUCAGUUUUGGGCAUCCUCUUCUCCCUGCUGGGAGCCCAACCACUCCUGGUCAUUGGCUUCUCAGGGCCUCUGCUGGUGUUUGAAGAAGCUUUUUACAAGUUCUGCCAGACACAAGGCAUUGAGUAUCUGACAGGCAGAGUGUGGAUUGGUUUGUGGCUCAUCGUCUUCAUCUUCAUUAUCGUGGCAGCUGAGGGCAGCUUCUUGGUGCGCUACAUCUCGCCCUUCACCCAGGAGAUCUUUGCUUUCCUCAUCUCCCUCAUUUUUAUCUACGAGACCUUCUACAAACUCUACAAGGUGUUUGCAGAGCAUCCUCUGCUGAAGUUCUACCCACCAAACGUGCAGAGUGGCCUGAAUGCCAGCAUGCUCUCUGCAGAUGCAAUGUCACUGGGAAUCAGAAUGCAGCCCAACACUGCUCUCCUCUCCCUCAUCCUCAUGCUGGGCACCUUCUUCAUUGCCUUCUUCAUGCGCAAGUUCAAGAACAGCCGUUUCUUAGGGGGAAAGGCUCGACGGAUCAUCGGAGACUUUGGGAUCCCCAUCUCCAUCCUGGUCAUGGUGCUGGUGGAUUACACUAUCACUGACACAUACACACAGAAGCUGAAUGUCCCCUCUGGGCUGUCGGUCACAUCUCCUCACAAGCGUGGCUGGUUCAUUCACCCCAUGGGCAGCACUGGGACAUUCCCAAUGUGGAUGAUGUUUGCCUCUGCAAUCCCUGCCCUUCUGGUCUUCAUUCUUAUCUUCAUGGAGACACAGAUCACUACGCUGAUUGUGAGCAAGAAGGAGAGGAAGCUGCUGAAAGGCUCUGGCUUCCACUUGGACCUGCUGCUCAUUGGCACUAUGGGGGGGCUCUGUGCGCUCUUCGGGCUGCCCUGGCUGACGGCCGCCACGGUGCGCUCGGUCACGCACGUCAACGCCCUGACGGUCAUGAGCAAGGCCAUUGCGCCGGGGGAGAAGCCCAAGAUCGAGGAGGUGAAGGAGCAGCGUGUGACAGGAGUGCUCAUUGCUGCCCUCGUCGGUCUGUCCAUCGUGAUGGGGAACAUGCUGCGGCAGAUCCCGCUGGCUGUGCUCUUCGGCAUCUUCCUCUACAUGGGGGUUACGUCGCUCACUGGCAUCCAGCUCUACGAGCGGCUGCUCCUCAUCUUCAUGCCGUCCAAGCACCACCCUGACCACAUCUAUGUUGUCAAGGUGAAGACCUGGAGGAUGAAUCUCUUUACCUGCAUUCAACUGGCCUGCAUUGUGCUGCUCUGGGUGGUGAAAUCUACAGUGGCCUCCUUGGCCUUCCCCUUUGUCCUGAUCAUGACAGUGCCACUGCGACGCUUCGUGCUGCCUCGCUUCUUCCAUGACAGGGAGCUGAAAGCAUUGGACUCGGAGGACGUGGAGCCGAACUUUGACGAGGAUGGCCGGGAUGAGUACAACGAGUUGCACAUGCCCGUGUGAGCUGGGAGCUGCCUUCCCUGCUCGUGGGACAGGCCACCUGUGCCUGCUUGCUCCUCACACAGACUAACUGGAGACUUGCUGUGAGUCAUCCAACCUCUUGCCUGGACCAAUGAAUGGCUGUUCUAUAGCCCUGCAGGAGGCAGCCCCAGCUCCUGCUGCCCUAUUGCUCACUCAGCAGAGGCUGUGAGUCUCUCUUCUGUUGGACCUGCUGGGCAGAGAGAUGCCUCCUCACAUCCUGAAGCAGCACGAGUCCUGAGUGCCCAUGAGUCAAGCUUCUACUCCCUCCUUGCCAGAGGCAGCCUGUGGCUGCUCUCUGUGUGGUUAAGGGGAGCCAUGCCAGCUGGUGCUGCUCUGUCCCUCUCCACCACCACGAAGUUUGGCUGUCUCAGCACCACAUGCCACUGAGCAGUCAUAGGGAUAGGCUGGAUGCUGCCUGUGGACAGCCACUGAACUUACUCCAGCCCAGCAGCCUCCUUGCUCACCUGGUAGAUGCCUCCUUCCUACUGCCUCUGCCCGCUUCCAAGAGAGCCCACACUGGGCCUGUGGCACAGCCUCUGGCCCGUGGCACCGCUACAGUCUGACAGAUGGACAAGGAGGGACCAGCACCCUGGCCCUGUCCUCCAGACCAUCAUCUGUCCAGUCACCCUCCCACAGAACUGUUCACAGCUCUUGCCUGGCAUAGGCAAGACUGCUUGCUCCUCAUUUUCCCAACCCACUUCCCAAAGGAAAUGUGCAGAGGGAGGGAAGCCUGGGGACAAGCAGGUAUUCUGAAGAUCCAAGUGCCUGCCCUCCUGCAGAGACUAAGAGGAGUCCUGUGCCAGCCAGCACCUCCACAAAGGUCAAAGGGGUAACAACUCAUCACAGGGCUGCAUCCUAGUUCCUGAUCCCUACAUUCCUGUCCCUGAGAACAAGCCAGAUUGGAGAAGCUAUACAAAAGAUGUAGUGCUGGGGCACAAACCAGUCCUCUCUCUCCCUUCCCUUUCCCUGUGCAGUGAUCCACUGGGUCUGGCACCCUGCAGCCUUACAAGGAAGUCACUGAAACCUCCAACCCCAAUUCUGCUGCUAUACCAGGGUGACCUUUAAUAGCCAGGGGCCCCCUCCAAGUGGGAAGGGGCAGCAUUCAGCAUGCCCAGCUUCAGCUCCCACCACCUCUGGGCAGCUCUGAAGACGUUUUUUCACCUGCAGUGCUGUCCCCUGGGGUCUUCCUGGGCUGGCAACCUCCGUUCAGGGCUACCUCAGAGUGUUGAUGGUGCCCUUGCUACCUGCAGUGGCUCUGAGAGCAGUGCCAGGGGAAUAGAGAGCCCAGCCUCUGCCUGAUGGUCAGAGCCAGAAUGGCAUAGUGGAGGAGGCUGCAAUGCUUAUUUCACCGUUGGAUUUGGGACAAGCUGCUGUCCUGGUCCCCACUUAGCAGCCUGACCCCUGUGAGAGAUGGUGAGUGCUUCUUUACUGGAGAGGGUCUGAUGCCCUCCCCAGGAGGCUGCAGAAAUAUCCUGCCAGAGAGAGAAACCUCCCUCCGUGGCAGGUUUCUGCCUCACAACCUGGCCCCUCUGCAGGGCCUGGGGUGGAGAGACAGUGUCUCUGUGUCUGUGGCCAUGUGUGUCCUGUCCUCCCCGUGUAGUGUAGGAGGCCUCUUGUCGCUGUGUGUUGUGACUCCUCUGACUGUAGUGGAAGCAGCUACAUCAAUAAACUCUAGACAGGA